CAGCUUUCCACGCAAGCGCCAAUGGCCAUCAUACGCCAUUGCUUCUCGCAGUCGUUCUCAAUCGCUCAAAGAGUUUUCUACCGUGGAUUAGAAAAACUUUUCAUUAUAUCAGACGAUAUGAGCGUAAAAAUAGCGAGGAAUUAUCAUAACAUUCAUUACAGAUCGGACACUGAGUAUACGGUACGCGUGGCUAAAAUAUUAUUGACAAUGGUCGGAAUCUGGCCAAGGAGGAACACGUUUUCAAAUAACGUUAAAUUUUACGUUCAGACAACAAUCGUCUUUUUUCUCAUGUGUUUCCUCUUAUUACCGCACGUCAUUUAUACUUACUUCGAUUGCGAAAAUCUGACCAAAUACAUGAAGGUGAUAGCCGCCCAGGUUUUCAGCCUUUUGGCGAUCAUCAAGAUCUGGACGAUUCUGAUUAACAGAAAGGAGAUCCGAUUUUGCUUGAUGGAGAUGGAGGUACAGUACAGAGACGUGGAAUGCGAAGAAGAUCGGUCGGUAAUGAUGAACACUGCGAGAAUCGGUCGAAUCUUCACAAUCGUGUAUCUGUGCCUCGGUUACGGAGGUGCCUUGCCCUAUCACAUUAUUUUGCCCUUGAUAUCGGAGAGGAUCGUCAAAGCGGACAACAGUACUCAGAUACCUUUGCCAUACUUGAGCGACUACGUUUUCUUCGUCAUCGAAGACUCGCCGACUUACGAGAUAACAUUUGUCGUGCAAAUGUUCACCAGCUUUCUCAUAAUGUCCUUGAAUUAUGGGAUCUACAGCUUGAUCGCCUCUAUAACGAUGCACUGUUGCGGUCUGUUCGAGGUCACCAACAGAAGGAUCGAGACGAUUUUAAAAUGCCGAGAUUUGCGUGGUCGCAUCGCUGGCAUUAUUCAAUCUCAUCUGAAAGCAAUCGAAUAUUCUGCACUGGUUGGAAAAUCACUGAGCAUCGUAUUUUUAUCGGAAAUGCUUGGCUGUACUAUCAUAAUAUGUUUCUUAGAAUUUGGAGUGAUUGUGGAAUGGGAAGAUCAUAAAACAUUCAGCAUGGUAACAUACUUUGUUUUGGUGACGUCGAUGUUCGUAAAUGUUUUCAUAUUAUCAUUCAUUGGUGAUCGUCUCAAACAAGAGAGCGAAAGAAUAGGACAAACAUCAUAUUUCCUACCAUGGUAUGAUUUUCCAACAGAAGAAGCAAAAAAUAUAAAGAUAAUCAUACUCAGAGCCAGUCGACCAUCAAGCCUAUCUGGCGCCAAGAUAUUAGAUCUUUCGCUUCGAGUAUUUUGCGAUGUGUUUAAAACUUCGGCAGCAUAUCUAAAUUUUCUGCGAACAAUGACAGUUUAAAAAUGAGGAAAAGGAGAAUUUUCCAAAUGUUUUUUAAAAAAAAGGUGA